AUGAUUCAAUUAAAUUCAAUCAUGAAGGAACAAAUUUAUUCAUUAUAUUUAUCAAAUAAAAAUACAUAUAACCAAAUCGACGUAUUUCUAUCAACUUUUUCACUUAAUGAAUUUCCUAAUCUUCAAUCAUUAGCAUUCACUGAACUUCAUCAUGAUAAUGUAAACAAAUUGAAGUCUAUGUUAUUAUUGAUACCUCGUUUACGCUCUUUUCAUUUGAUUGAUUGUCAUCAUGAUACAACAGCUCUUCUCCCAACACCUAAAGUGUCAAUACUGACAAUGCCAGAAUUAGUUCCUCUUCGUCUAGAUUCUUCAAUUAUAAAACUAAGAGCUUCUCAAUCCUCUUUAAAUAAUUUAUAUGAAAUAUUUGAAUAUGCACCGAUGAUAAAAUAUCUGAAUCUUCAACGUAUACGUGAAGAUUAUAUUUUAAUGGAUAAUAUGUAUUUUAACACAGAUUAUGUUUCUCAUUUAAAACAAUUGAUUAUCGGAAGAUAUUCGAAUAAAUUUCUAUAUUUUGAAAUGUUUGUAAAACAAACACCUUAUUUAGAAAGUUUAACAAUAUUUUUCGAAUAUAAAGAAGAUAUGAUUGAAGUUUGUCGAUGGGAACAAUUGAUUCAACUUUCAUUAUCUUAUUUGCAAAAUUUCAAUUUUAUUUUUCAAUGUAGUUUUACACAUGAUAAAAACAUUAUUGAUAAAUUUAAACAAUUUCAAAAUGAUUUUUGGCACAAACAACAUCAUUGGUAUACAGAAUAUUCUUUCAAUGAUCAGUUUGUACAGAUUUAUACAAUACCAUAUUUCUCAAAUGUAUAUCAACUAGAAAAGCCUACUCAUAGAUAUACUUCUGAGUUAAUUAAUCAUUUAAAUAUAUUUAAAAAUGUCAUAUAUUUAACAUUAGCUUCUGCCGUAAUAACAGACAAUUGUCAAUAUUAUUUUUCAAAUGUUAAAUCAUUAACAAUAAUUCCUUUCAAAUAUGAUCAUAAUCUUCUACAUAUUCAAUUUCUAAAAAUAAUUAUUAACUUAUCUAAUCUAAAAUAUUUAGAUGUGUCAAAGAUUUGGAAAAUGUUAACAUCAUCAAUAUUAUUAGAAAUUUUAAAAGAAUCGCCACAAUUAUCAUCAUUAAUUAUUGACAAAUGUAACUUAAUGUCAUUUUUCAAUGAUAAUGAAUUAUGCAAAUAUUUAAAUAAAAUGAUAAAAUAUAUCAAAUUAUGCGAUUAUUCAUUCUCUCAAAAGAAUGCUUUAGAGAUAAACAAACUUUGUGAAGUAUUUUCAAAUAUCGAACAAUUUGAUUGUGUCAUUAAUCAAUUGGAUGAUGGAGAAUUUCUGUCGAAUAAAUUAUCAAAAUUGUCAAGUAUCAAAGCUGUUAGACUUCGUAAUUGUGGACAUUUCAAUGAUCGGUUCAACAAAAAGUCCCGAACUAGAUCUAAAAUACCAUACCUAGACUUAUUUCGUAGUUUAUGA